UUAGGAGAUAAAACCUGGUUGUCCUGCAGAAAUGAUCUGAUGGAAAAAGCAACCCUGAGGUCAGGAAAACAGCCCUUCCUCAUCAUGAACUCAGACAGACCUUUUGUAAUAUGUCUGAUUCUGGCACUCUAGCUCCCUUCUUUCUUCUUCUCCUCCUUCACUGAGACAUUCCACACUCAGCUGACAUUCUUCUGCUCACUCGCUCUCAAAUUGAAGAGCCCGUCUGAAGGACGGAGAGACGCGUCACGUGCUUUAGGCUACCCAUCCCUCUCCUCCUCUUCUCUCUCUUCAGCCCAGUCUGUUUUUCUUCUUCUCUGUGCGCACCGUCAGCCGACAGCAAGGCGAGUCCAGCGCGAGCACCGUGUCGAGCUCCGGAUAAUUCCGUUACUGAUCCGGAUCUGGUGAAGACGAGACAGGGCGAUUUUCCCAGGAGGAUGUUCUCGAGGCAGCUAGGACCGUGUACGUGUGCUUUCGCGUCUCCACUGAUCUCACACUUCUUCUCGGUCGAGCCUGAGUGGCACUGCGCUCGCGCCCGCGUCUGUGGAAGCACGCAAACUUAACCGGAGUGACUCCGGCUGAUUCCCAGCAGAAGUACGUGACGCACUGUGACUUUAAGGUGCGGGGAAACCGGGGAGAAACUGCGCUCGUGCUCUGAAAAACUGGCGUCUGUUAGAAUAAGGGAGGUUUUGGGGAUCAGCUUCCGGAUCGGUGAGACUGAAGCCUGUACGGAGCGCAUGAGGAAACAUGGACAAACUGCGAGUCUUUGCUAAUUUAGUACUGGAGGCUGUGUCCAUGUGAUGUACGCGGGAUGUUUGGAGGACAAACGCACGAUUCUGUGAAACGCGCGAAGUGUGUGAAAUGCGCACCCCGCGACCCGUCGACUCCACUUGGCCUUUGCGCUUUUGGCCGAGACGCACCCAAGGCGAGUUGCACAUGAGAGAAGAAAAUGUAUAACAUGCAAAAUAUCACGUCUUUCUAAUGCGUAAAUGCGUUUGAGGAUUUUUGGGUAACUAUAUGCGUCAAUUUGUAACUUUGCUGCGUCUGUUUUGGAACGCGGAUUUCUUCAUUAGAGCCUUACUGGGUGUUUUUUUUUUUCUCCCCGUUUUUCUUCUUCGUUUUUGCGCGAUCAUGCUCCGGCAAAUGCUCUUGAACUCGACGGCGGCGGCGGCGCGGGACUUGGACGCUAUAAGCCAGACGCACGCGCCGGCUCCUCUGGACGUCUCGCACGCGCCCGUGAGUGUGUCGGCGCUGCUGAAGCCCGCGGGUCGCGGAGGCGCCGGCGGGGGCGCGCUGCGUGAGGGCGAGCUCAGUAAACCGGACCUGACGACCUACGUGGUCAUGUGCAUAGUACUCUUCCUCCUCGUGCUGCUGAUUGUGGUCUUCAUCAACUGCCAGCUGCGCAACUCGUUCUUCGCCUCCACGCCAUAUGACCGCUCUCUGCGCGAGGCCCGAACCUCGUAUAAGUGAACCCUGGCCGCGCGCUCGUGCAGGGUGCACGUGCCUUGUGGCGGAACGGAAAGCGGGCCUCGCGCUUUGCACCACGGGACGUGUGGAUUAACGGGGCCGUUUGGAGGUUUAGAACUGACGCUGGUCUUAUUUAAGUGUUCCCCUCUCCAGACCUCGCGCAGACUAUAAUGUCAAUGCCUUUCUGUCCAUGAACUUUAUCUCAUGUCGUGUGUACUGCACUGUACUGCAGGUUCUUUUCUUGCAUGAAUUAAAUCUAAUUAAAUCUUGUGUAC